AUAGAUUUAUCAGAUUAUUUGUUCAUGGGAGAUUUUGUAGAUCGAGGAACCAAUUCGUUAGAAGUAAUUUGUUUGUUAUUAGCUUUGAAAUUACAAUAUCCUAAUCAAAUUCAAAUGAUAAGAGGAAAUCACGAAGAUAUUAACAUAAAUAGCCUUUACGGUUUUAAAGAUGAAUGUAGAAGAAGAUUGCUUGAAGAUCCCGACAUCGAAAAUAGCUGUUUUUAUAUAUUUGAACAUCUGCCGUUGGCAGCUUUAAUUGAAGAUAAAAUACUUUGUAUCCAUGGUGGAAUAGGACAAACAAUACAUACACUAGAAGAUAUAAGUUCAAUCGUCAAACCAAUUACCGUUUCUUUGGUUCCGUAUGACGAAGUUUCUCAAAAAGUGUCUGAUAUAUUAUGGUCAGAUCCAACUGAAAAUGAUAGCAAGUUAGGUAUUGUUCCAAACCAGAUUAGAGAUCCAGAUCAGACGAGUAAGAUUGUUAGAUUUGGUCCAGAUCGAGUUAUAGAUUUUCUAGUUAAUAACAAACUUGAUCUCAUAAUACGCGCACAUGAAUGUGUUAUGGAUGGUUUUGAAAGAUUUGCAGCGGGUAGACUAAUAACUUUGUUUAGUGCUACAGAUUAUUGCAGCACGCACGGUAACGCAGGAGCUUUAUUAUUUAUCAGAAGAAAUUUAUCAAUUCUGCCCAAGAUAAUAUAUCCCGCUCGAAUGACAAAUAAAACAUUGAACAAUUCAACUUGGUUGACGUUAGAUACAUCGAGACCACCUACUCCACCAAGAACUGGCAGACCAAUCCAGAAUUGGCCUAAUUAA